GCUGCUGGUGUCCGCCGUGGCCGGGUCGCGUGCUGAAAAUGGCUGCAGCCGGCGACCCUGGCAGUGCUGAGAGCUACCGUUCUCCGCUGGCGGCCCGCUACGCCAGCCGCGAGAUGUGUUUCUUGUUCAGCGACAGGUACAAGUUCCAGACGUGGCGGCAGCUGUGGCUGUGGCUGGCGGAGGCGGAGCAGACGCUGGGUUUGCCUAUCACAGACGAACAAAUCCAGGAGAUGAAGUCCAACCUGAGCAACAUUGACUUCCAGAUGGCAGCUGAGGAAGAGAAGCGCCUGCGGCAUGACGUGAUGGCUCAUGUGCACACGUUCGGCCACUGCUGUCCGAAAGCUUCGGGCAUCAUUCAUCUGGGUGCCACCUCCUGCUACGUUGGAGACAACACGGACCUGAUUAUUCUGAGAAAUGCAUUUGACCUGCUUUUGCCUAAGCUUGCUAGAGUGAUCUCGAGGCUUGCCGACUUUGCCAAGGAACGCGCUGACCUGCCCACGUUAGGUUUCACACACUUUCAGCCUGCUCAGCUGACCACGGUUGGGAAACGCUGCUGCCUUUGGAUUCAAGAUCUCUGCAUGGAUCUCCAGAACUUGAAGCGUGUCCGGGAUGAGCUGCGCUUCCGAGGCGUGAAGGGCACCACUGGCACGCAGGCCAGCUUCCUGCAGCUCUUCGAGGGGGAUCACCAGAAGGUGGAGCAGCUAGAUAAGAUGGUGACAGAAAAGGCGGGAUUUAAAAGAGCCUUCAUCAUCACAGGGCAGACCUACACACGGAAAGUGGACAUCGAGGUGCUGUCUGUGCUGGCCAGCUUAGGAGCGUCGGUGCACAAGAUUUGCACUGACAUACGCCUGCUGGCAAACCUGAAGGAGAUGGAGGAGCCUUUUGAGAAGCAGCAGAUUGGCUCCAGUGCCAUGCCAUACAAGCGGAACCCCAUGCGCUCCGAACGUUGCUGCAGCCUGGCCCGUCACCUGAUGGCCCUUACCAUGGACCCGCUACAGACAGCAUCUGUGCAGUGGUUUGAGCGUACUCUGGAUGACAGUGCCAACCGACGGAUCUGUUUGGCUGAAGCAUUCCUCACUGCAGAUACGAUAUUAAACACCCUACAGAAUAUUUCUGAAGGAUUGGUGGUGUACCCCAAAGUAAUUGAACGGCGCAUUCGGCAAGAGCUGCCUUUCAUGGCCACAGAGAACAUCAUCAUGGCAAUGGUGAAAGCCGGGGGCAGCCGACAGGAUUGUCAUGAAAAAAUUAGAGUGCUUUCCCAGCAGGCAGCUGCUGUGGUCAAGCAGGAAGGAGGUGACAAUGACCUUAUAGAGCGCAUCCGCGCAGAUGCCUACUUCAGCCCCAUUCACUCACAGUUGGAGCACUUGUUGAACCCCUCUUCUUUCACUGGCCGAGCACCCCAGCAGGUCCACAGAUUCCUGGAAGAGGAAGUGCACCCCCUGCUAAAGCCUUAUGGGAGUGAGAUGGCGGUGAAAGCAGAGCUGUGUCUGUAGAGUAGGAGAGCUCAGGAGAACCCGAUGACAGUGAUUAGAGCUUGCUGAUGACAGUGUUAGGAGUUACUAGUGUGUUCUACGGUGCUCGUUUACGCACUCAGGAGGCAGAGGCAGGCAGAUCUCUUGAGUUCAAGGCCAGCCUGGUCUACAAAACAAGUUCCAGGACAGCCAGGGCUACACAGAGAAAUCCUGUCUCAACAAACAAACAAACAGGGACUAGAGAGAUAGCUCAGUGGUUAAGAGCACUGACUUCCAGAGGUCCUGAGUUCAGUUCUCAGCAACCACAUGGUGGCUCACAACCAUCUGUAAUGAGAUCUGAUGCCCUCUUCUGGUGUGUCUGAAGACAGCUACAGUGUAUUUAUAUACAUAACAUAAAUAAAUCUUUAAAAA